GUUGCACUCUUCCCUAGAGACUUGCAAAAAUUCUGGUGGCCUGGCAAGAGCUCAGGUCCAUGGUGCAGCAGAACAGAUUAGAAGUCCAGGGCUAAAAUACAGCACAGGGUGCCGGACACAUGAGGGCCAAGCUGUGGUUCUGUCACUGAUUCAAUGUAAGACCUUUUGCCAGGCCACCAUCUCCCUUUUCUAAUGUGGAAAAUGGGGGCACCUUCCCCUUCCUCUGAUGGAGGUCAGUGAGCUCAUGUGAAGCAUUUGGAAAUGCUAGAAGGUCCAGUGCUGCUGAAAUUCAGUCUGGUUGAUUAUUGUAACUGUUACAAAAGUCUCCAAGAAGUCCUGUGUAUGUGGUGAGAACUUCUGGGCACAGGUGUUUCAUGAGACAUGAGCCUUUUACCCUCCUCCUUGUUUGUUUUUUUCAAUCAGCAAGGAUGACCUUGAUCUCUGCCGUGUUUCUUCUGGUUCCCAUGGAGACCACAGCUCAUAGAUAGAGGGAGGGUUGUUCCCUAGCAACCAUUACUGCACUUCAGCCUUCGUCCCACCUCCAUACCUGGACUUCAGCAGGACCUACCUGCUUGUAUGAAUCACUGUGGCAUCACAUCAGGGAUCGUGGACCAGGUGAAAGAGGUAGUUAUGGAAGAGGCUUUCCCUCUUGUUAAAUCCUGGAUCUUUUCUCCCCUUUUUUUUUUUUUUUUUUUUUUAAACGAUAUAAAAAAAUCCAAUUUCAUGGUGACACCCAUGGGACUUCUCAGGUCUGGGAAGACACUGAAAUCUCAUAUUUUGGAGGCCCAACAAGAUGUGGAAGGCAUAUGAGACCUUUCUUGACCACAUCUCAUGGCUGGUGAGAAUGGCAUACCAGUUUCUACACCUGUCUGAGGAGGUUAAUUUUCUGCCUGGGAAAGCCAGCUCCCUCUUUCCUCCAUGGCUGUACGUCAGGAAAGUCGGAGUGCUAGGCUAUGCUAAACAUACUUUUUGGGUGGUUUUACAUCCAGAACGAAAGAUCAAGUUUAAUAAUUUUUAGCUCUUUGAUCAAGACGUAUCUUUUCUGGUAUGUCAUCUGUUGUCCCUCACAGAAUUGGCUUAGCAAAGGAGUAAGGAGACAUAGUUCUGUGGCCUCUGUUAUCCAGGGCAAUAGUCAAAUGGCCUUAAAGUCCUUCUUGGCAUCAAGAUGUAGGAGCCUCCGAGUGGUGCUUUGACUUUGGACCUUCAGACUCAGAAGUAAAAUGAACAAUAAGCAAUAACAUCAUAUACAUUAACAAACUAGAAAGCAGGAACAGUUGCAGGCUUCAUCGUCGUUUUGCCCAAGAGGAACUGGAGAAAUGAAAGUUAUCAAUGAAUGGGAUUUGGGAAAUGAGCACAUUGCCUCAUUACACAGAAAUUCUGCUUUGUGGGAAGAAAUGGGAGAGGAGAAAUUUCUACAACAGCAGACUGGGAAGUUGUUUCCACUGAAUAUAGUACUAAUAGCAAACAUACAUGUUUUUGUUUUAAGUAGGAGGUGGGAGUUAACAACACAGGAGUUUAUUUAGCAACGCAGAUUCCUGCACUUUGAUCAUGUGUAAAUGUUUGGCUCUUCUUUAAAAAGAAUGAAAAAUGGAAUGGUAUGGAAAAGCAGCAGAUUGUGCCCUGUGAGUCAGGACUGGCUUCCACUCUUCAUCUCUUGUGGCCCUGUUCUUUUUGUGGGAGAGGUUCUGUCUCUUAAUACAUUUGCAGAGCUGACUCCUGGAGUCUGACUGAUACAGUUACUUCAGCCUCAGGAUCCCAUUAUUGUACCAAGCAUGCUGCUGCAAAGUGCUGACACAGUGUAAAACACAAGCUGCUGGUUCAAGUCAGCCCUGGUGAGUUCACUUUGAAGCAGUAGGUUUCCUGCCCCAUCAGCUGGUGUCUUCAUUCUAAUAACUAACCUCAAGAGCCAAAGGGGUUGCUAAAGGUUCUGAUUUCCCCUAUACCUGACAUGGGAGAAGGUGACUCUGUGCUGACCAACAGUACUUCAGUGGAACCCGAGGAAGGGAAAAAGGAGCAUCUUCCGGAAGACUUAUGUCUCAGCAUGCAGACAACACCCCAAAGGAGCUCCAGCAGAGCCUCCUGGGAGAUCUCUGAGGACCCAGUGGCUCAGGGGACAACAAAUAAUUCCACACCUAUUAAAUCCCAAGCAUCUCCUUCCCCAAAGUGUGUUCAGACUAAAAAACCGAACAAACAGAGUCUCCAGGCCAAAACUACGCCCACGCAGAGUCUUCAUUCAAGGAGACCUGAAAAGGAAAAAAAAGAUACUUCUGCUGGCAAAGACCCAAUAGUGGGGCAUGAGCCAAGAGGGAAGAACAGCACUUACCACCUGUCUGCAAUAUCCAGGCAGAAGGAAGCAGAAGACACCAAAUUUGUCUCAAAUGCCAAAGAACGAGUAGCAGGCCAGCACCAGACACUGCGGUCUGGAGGGUCUGGAUCUACCCGGAAGACCAUCAAAACCAGCUACAAAAAAGCUGCGGAGACCUGCAGCAGAUUAAGUGGCAAGGAGUCUUUGUCCUCAUUAGGGACAGAUAGGAAAGCAGAAUGGAAGCUUCUGGAGAAGAGAAACAGCUUGAUCCAUGCUAACAAGAAAUACAAAUUUGCUAGUGGAGGUGAACUUAGCAGCAAUGAAGAGGAACGGCGAGCUCAGUGCAGGGCAGCAUUAAUCAUGGGCCAGAAGAGACUCGGAGACCGUACUGAAAUGCUGAAAAACUCCUUGAACUCUACAUCUUUUGCUGAUAGCCGUGAGCUGGGUUUUAACCUGAGAUCAAGUAUCUUCCAAGGUGGACCACUAGAAUGCCGAAGCUUGAUGAAAGAUUCCUACACCCCUGAUAUAAUUCAGAAGGCAGUCAGGGAUCCCAAUAAUUGGCAUGGAAGAAGGACUGAUGAGCUAGGGAAAUGGCAUGAGAAAAAUGCCCUAAAUCUUAAUCUGCAGAAAGCAUUGGAGGAAAAAUAUGGGAAGAAAAAGGGCAAGCCUUAGAAGAUAAAGUUUGAAGACUGGAGUAUAUUCAACUAAGAAUCUUCUUCCUCAGUCAUUUAAUAAACAUCCAUAUAAAGUACAAACCCAUUGCUUGCUAGUUGUCAACAGCAGAUUCGUUGCUGGUACUCUCUGCCCCUCUUCAUUUGGGUGUCUUUGGGGAGAGCAACGAAAGAGAAAUCUGAAGGUGAAUGCAAAAAUGGCUUUGUUGGUCACUGGUAGGGUGGGCCUGAGCAGUGCGUGAGGCGCACACCCUUGCAGAGGGGUGUGGUGGUGAGAGGAGGCCAGAAAUUCCUCCAGUCAGCACGUAAGGCAGAGACCUGUGAGCGGUGUAAGAGGAGGGGGAGCGCAUGUGUGUGCACGCGUGUGUGCGCGCAUGUGUGCACGCGUGUUUGCCAGAAGAUUUGAUACGUCGACCGCUGCCCCAGCAGUCCAGAGAGAAGCACAGAGGGUGUGCGGGCAACGAACCAAGGCUGCCCGAGGACCUGAGUGCUGCCUACCUCUCUCCCCACACAGAAGGCUGUAAAACUCCCACAGAGGGGAGCUCCAGUGCUCUGUGUGCAUAGCAGCUGGACACAUCAAGCGAAGAACCAGCUCCCUGUUGACGCUUCUGAGGUGAAUUCAGGCUCUCUUGUCAGAAAGGCACCAAAUAACACAGGCGCAACUCCGUCUGAUAGGCACCAGAUGCCUACAUGGUGUAGGAAAGGAGGGUUCUCUGCUCACCACUCUACUGCUGCUGCUGUAUCUGUCACAUGGAGGAUUUCAGGGAACACUCUUACCCUGGCAGGGAGCAACAGCAAUGUGCGAAAACAAACAAAAGCUCAUCUGAGAAGAGGAGGCAUCAGGGCAUUGACUAAAGCCCACACUAUUUGCAGGCCAUGCCAAUGCAAAAAAUUCUGAGUUUAUCCCACCUAAAACAGGAAAUCUUCAGGAAGCCCCAGGAGUUCUUCAAUCUGCAGAUCACCCCACAGUGUGAAUGGACCCUUACUGAAGCUCUCAUAAACCCUACUCCCCCCUCUCAGGCCUUUCCCUAACUCAAAUAUAAACGUCUCAGAGAGAAGCACAUGCAUCCACCGUACAGUCUGCACAAUCUGAAGUGCAGAGAGUGUAACUGGACAGUACCCAAGGAACCCCCAAGGGUUUGAAUGAUGCAGGAGAUGCAGUGUCUUUAGGACUUCCUGAUGUGUUUUUCUCACUGUAUUUAAUGGCUCUUACUGCAGGAUCCUGCCUUCCAGCUCCAAAGUGUAGCAGUUUGGUGCAGCAGUCACGAAGUAGGUGUCUGGGAAUAGCCAUGACCUGAUGUUUCCCAUCUGGUCCCAGGCUUUCAACAUUUUAAAAGACUGAUGCUUUGCUCCGGGAUACGAACUGUUUUGGGGCAGAAUUGUUACUUCACCCUCCAUCAUCUGGGGAUUAGCUAACAAUAUGCUGACUUCAUAAAAGUAGUGAGGGAAGUUAAAAUGUAACUAGUGAUAAUCAAGUGAUAAUAAUUUUUCACCACCAAUAAUUAACCAUUUGGAAUUCUGAUGUUUCCAGGCACAUGUCCAAGCCUUUCAGAUUAAGGAGACUGGCCAAAUGGCAGCUUGUAGAAACAUCCCUGUGGGUUUUCCUUGUACAUCAGAACCAAGUGGCUCCUGUCCGAGCACACAUCACUCCAGCUUCAGCUGAACAGCCCAGCUCUGUAGGAACACCCUACAGAGUGUCACAUCCAGCACUGAUGACCGGCAUGACCAGGUACAUAAUAAAUGCUGUCUUCUGAGGCCGCAGCAGGUCCUAAUCCAGAAAACAUGGAGCUGAACAGAAAUCUACAGGCAUCGUUUGGCAUACUGGAGGCAGGCCAUUCAGGGCAGAGUUAACUAACAAAACACAACAUGGGCUGGAUCAGCACACAGAUUUACAGAGCUGUCUCUAAUAGACAUGAGAAAUAGGCACGAGGGCAGGCAGACUGCAGGGUUAUGGUACAGCUUGGAGCAAAUGCCCUUUGCUACCCAUGAAAGGCUCAUGAAGAGACUAGGUCAGAAGAGAAACAGACUGAAAGGUCUCGGUGCACCAAUACACUCGGCCACAAGCUGUGGUGUUUGCCUCCUGCAGUGGAGUAAAGUCACUUUGUGCAGUUUUCCAAAAUAAAAUAUUUUUAUAAGCACUUAAAGAGUACAAAGUAGUUGGCAUUGUGUGAUGUACUCAAAGGGGUGACAGCUGAUACCGAGUAAACAUACAUGUGGCAAUAUCCUUUCAUCUUCUUUGCUUUGCCAAAUGUUACAGCUCAGCCAGGGGCAAACACUUUCUGAUGGGUGACACACGGAAAGCUGCAGAGAUUGACAGCUUUCAGUGAGACAGAGCAGACACCGGGAGCAAUCAAUACCUGAAGCCUCUGAGUGCUGAACAGAUUAGUUUAGCCAGAACCUUGGCAAGGAGCAUUACCCUGUGUGGCACUAUGUGUUGACUAGAGUGCUCUGGGUACCCAAACAUCAUACUUAAAGCCGGCUUUGGUAUCUCCAAGUAGCAUGUCAGCUUCAGUUAGGCAAGAACAGGGCUGAAAUAAGUGCUCACUGCAGCUGAAAUCUACCUUUUACCCAUUCCUCUGCUCUCAGCAGUUCAUUGCUUUUUGCUUGUUUUGUGCUGGUGCUGACACUUCCCUGCCCACACUCUGAACUGAUUCAACUUGAUAAACCAGCAGAAGAUCAAUACAGAAGAAAAAAAGCAAAGUUAACAGGUUAACAAAUUAAAUUUUCUAAGCAAAGGACCUUGUUGCAGGCAAGGCAAUGAGUGAUGGGGUAUGCAGAUGUUGGGGUUGAAGAGUGCCUUUUUUAUGCAAUGAGAAAUUAGUUGGCCUCUGCUAUGUUGUCUCCCUGAAGUGAGUAUGUUACAACAUAGCUAGCCUGUAUUUAUGUGAUGUUACAAGGUCUGAUCAUUGGGUGGCAGCUCUGAGCUGUUUUUA